UCUGUUGCUUUUGAAAAGUGUAUCCGUCCAGUGUCUGCAUUUAUCAGAGAAAAUCUCGCGAAAAUCCAAUUCGAUUGUUAGAAAAGUGUCGCCGUGAGUUUGCUCGUAACGUCGGGAACCAUGACGUCGCCGUUACAGUACAUGAAAGAGUUCAAUAGUUACGUGAAUUUGUAUCAGAAGCAACGGACCCUGGAAGUGGAGAAUUUGCUCAAUCGAAAUUUGACUCUGCUGAGCGGUGUUCAAAAUUUACAAGUAUUCCGACCGGACAACUUAGAAUGCAGCCAGUUCUACAUCAGCCUCUACGACCUGAUGAAGCGCCUGGACUUCAGGACGGGCUCGGAUUUGGGUAUUUCAUGCUUGACGGUGCUGCAGCGAGCGACCAGGAACCUCGACGCGAGACAGGAUCUGUUGAAUCAGUUUAGAUUUGUUCCAUUGCUGGCGAAGCUAUUGGACGAUGCAACUAAUAAGGAUAUAAUUCGCCGUAUUCUCGAAGUAACGCAAGAUCUCUCUUACGGGAUUCAAAUAACAUGGGAAGAACCAUAUCUGACUGGCCUUAUGCAGAAGCUUAUCGAGUUUAUUUACGGCGAGGAGGUCAGUCUCGGCAGUUUGGCACUUUCGGUCCUUAUCAAUAUCUGCUACAAAAACAUUCCAUCAAUAUACCUCCUGUUGCGAGUAGCACAUGUCUCAACAUUCACCAAGAAAAUUAAACCCUACGGAAUUCUGGCAUAUAAGAUGCUCAUGAUCAUUGACAACUAUGUGGACGUGCCAGGCGUCGCAGACAUCCAUAACUUCAUAAAGAAAAGUUUAUCAGAUAUUGGUGAGUGUUUUCACUCUUAUAACGUUCCUUAUCUGAAGCAUAUUGUGGAGUUCCUGACCGAUACACAGAACAAUCAAACAAUGGAAUUGACUUUCAGGGAAUGUCAUGAUUUCAACGCAGAUAUUGAUAAGUUAUUAGAGCAAGUUGAUGCAACAAACAUCAAUCUUCAUCCGUUUGAAUCUCGAAGUGAUAAUGAACAAUGUUUGGCACAAUGUUACGCUUUAGUAUUUGUACUAUUGGAAUCAUUUUUGAAAGUGGAUCCAACCCUAUCGAGUUUUAUGCCGAAAAUAUUCGAUCUUGCCUUAAAAUGGGUAGAAACUGAACAAGCAUCUGCAAAAGCGUUAGAUUUAAUGAGAACUGUAGUUCUUCUAGAGGCCGAUGAAGAUGUCGGAAAAUACCUUAAAGAAUUCGAAAUUAUAAUUCCUAAAAUGCUGAGUAAAAUUGAACGAAAUGAAAUUUUAAGUGAACAGGUGAUUGCGUUAUUUAAAGUUAUGAUCGCUCUCCUCCGACAUCCGAAAAUGCAGACUGUAGUUCUGUCUACCUUCACGGAAUCGUACUUUGACAAAAUGUUCUCGCCCUUGAUAAAUACAGACCCUGAGUCUCUGAAUUACGCAAAAUUCUCUAGUGAUGAUUUAGCUCAAUACUUGUUAUGUCUGCAAAUUCUGAUUGAAUUCUCGAAUAUCGCCCCAAAAGUGUGGCAAAGUAAAAUCGUGCGACUUUUUGAGAAAAAGCAAAUCCAUUAUGUUAUAGCGAGAGGUGUUCUGUGUGAGAACGAGAAUCUUUGUCAGGUGGUGUUCGAGAUGGCAAAAACAACGAAUUUUCCACGAGAUGAUGUGGCGAAGAUAACAUCUAAAUUAAGCCCAUUAAUAGCAGUAAAUAACUCUAAAGCUACUGGUAAUGCCAACAAGCAUUUCAAUGAUGUUAGGGUGACGGAGAAGCUAUGGAUCAAUGACAGCCUCGAACAGAGAUUGGAUAACCUUAUUACUCAUAUAUUUGAAGCUAAGGAUCGUUCUGAAAUCAAUAAUGUUGCCACCUCAGAACUCAUAGAGCUCUUCCAUUAUAAAAUCAAUUUAUGUCGGAAUACGGAGAAGAACCUCCUCAAAAGGCUAGAAGAUGCUAAUGAAGAGGUAACGAAUUUAUCACAUCGUAUAAACUUGCUGGCUCAUGAAAUGUCACAAUACUACAGUAUGAACUUCAAACUACACUUAACACAAGAACGGUUGCAAGCUGAAAAUAAAGACUAUCUCAAACAGAGGGAUAGUUUAAAGGAAUCGAGCAAUGAACUUCUUAAGAAGAUAGAUUCAGAUCGCAAGAAAUAUCAGUCCUACAUGAUUUCGUUAGAGGCAAAAAAGACGGAAGUAGAAGCGUUACGAAAGGAACUAGAAAAUUACAAAGAAAAAGAAGCUAUCAAAAAUGCAGAACUGAAGAAAUAUGAGGCAGAGAAGCGGGAAGCGACGGCCCGUAUUGAACAACUGAAGAAAAAUAUCCACAAACUGGAGGAGGCUAUCACUGAGAAACAAGCUACAUUGGAAUCACGCGAGAAGGAAAACAUAAAGGCCAACAAAUCGAUUGAAGAGCUUCGUGAAUUAAAUAAGAAAUCGGAUGAUCUCAUCAAGCAUUUGGAGAAACAGUUGGCCGCAAAGAAUGAAAAGAUUCGUUCGUAUGAAAUUGAAUUGAAUGAAACCGAAGAGAUGCGUAAGACGAUUCUUAGCCUAAUGGAAAGUAAAAGACCUAAGCGGGGCAGUUAAUGAAUGACAAACCAUAGAAACAGUAGAAUAUGUCCUUUAAUUGUAAUUUUGACCCGAAAUUAUGGCACUGAAAAUAGUCGUUAUAUGAACUGUAUGCGUUAGUGUUUCAUACUUAUAUUAAAAUUGAGUAAUUAUAGUGUAUUGAUAAAUUGUAAUAUUGCCUUUUUAAAUAUAUUUUUUUAUUAUUGUCGUCGA